AUGUCCGGAAAUAUCACAAUCUCGCCCGAAACGGCGGAAAUUAUCCGCCGCAAAAAGUCCCAGUACUGCCGCUUCGCCGACGGCCUCGAGUGGGACCGCUUCGACACCAUCAUGCUCCCCGACUUCACCUUCGAGGGCGUCGAGACGGACGGCUCCGUCCUCGUCAUGAACGGCGUGCGCUACCGCUGGGAGUCACGCGAGGCCUGGGUCGCCCACUUCCGCGAGGUGUUCAAGGUCAUGCAGACGAUGCACCUCAUCGACCCCGGCGACCUGGAGCAGGUCGCCGAGGACGAGGUCAAGGCCGUGUUCGGAGUGAUUUGGCACAUGGGAACGAGGGGCACCGAGACCGGGCUGCAUUCGACGGGCGGGGGGCACUACUACGAGACCUGGAAGAAGGUUGACGGGGACUGGUUCAUGGCGAGCUCGUCGAUGAGGAGGCUGUAUACCAAGACCCAGGGGGUUUGA